GUUACAGCUGCUUCCUCACUGAACCACAGGGCAGAAGACAGGAUACGGGGAGGAAAAGAAAAGAGAGAUCUAAUAAAAGAGAGGUGAGAAGAGCUGGAGGAGAUCCUUCGCUUUUUUUGGGAUGCUCAGAACUUCCCGGGCACGCAGCUACUCACUCAUGGAGUCUUUUUAAUAAUUUAUCCUCUGACUCAUUUUUGCUCCACGGAAAUCAACUUUGCUGCUUUAAAAAGUUGUGAUUUGUUUUUUUUUUUAAUUCAGAAUUUUUGCCCCUCUAGCUUUUUUGUCAAGUCUUAUACAGUCUUGAUAAACUCUAAACUUUAACACAGAGAGAGUGUGUGUGGUUGUUUCUCUGAGUGUGUGAGCAUCAAGUUUCUGUGAGUGAGACAAAUGUUCCUGGCUGAGUUAACAGGUGCUCAGGUGUGGCUUGUUUAAAAAUAACACUUUUUUGUGUUGAGCCACAAUACAAGCUGAAUUUUUAUCUACAAGGACUCCCUUCAGAGACAACACCAUGUCACUUCACCUAAACUUCUGAGGCAGUUUUUUUUUCUCCUUUCCUGCCUGUUUUUAUCAGUAUUUGCUGGGAGGACACUGUGGAGACUCUCGCAAAAACUUUUCUUUGCCUUUUGAAAUAUUUUGGAGGAAACAGCUUUUUGUUGGUGAAGCCUUGCCUCUACCUCAGGAUGGCCGGCUGUACCAGCCGCUGCAGACAGGGGAUGCUCAAACUAAUCCAGUCCCUGCAGAGAUUGGUCUCAGGAACCCUCACAAAAGAUAAAACUGAUGAUGAGCUGGAGAUGACGACGGUGUGUCACAGACCAGAAGGUCUGGACCAGUUAGAAGCCCAAACUAACUUCACCAAACAGGAGCUGCAGAUCCUCUACCGGGGUUUUAAAAAUGAAUGUCCAAGUGGCGUUGUGAAUGAGGAGACUUUUAAGCACAUUUACUCACAGUUCUUUCCUCAUGGAGAUGCAAGCAUGUACGCACAUUAUCUUUUCAAAGCAUUUGACACGACAAACAACGGCUCCAUUAAAUUUAAGGAUUUUGUCAUGGGUUUGUCCAUACUGCUGCGAGGAACACUGAGAGAGAAGCUGGAGUGGACGUUUCACCUCUAUGACAUUAACAGAGAUGGAUAUAUAAACAGAGAGGAAAUGACAGAGAUUGUGAGGGCUAUUUAUGACAUGAUGGGAAAAUACACCUAUCCCGCACUAAAGGGAGACGUCCCACAGCAGCAUGUGGAUGCCUUUUUUCAGAAAAUGGAUAAAAACAAAGAUGGAGUGGUGACUAUGGAGGAGUUUGUUAUAGCCUGCCAGGAGGAUGAAACCAUGAUGAGGUCCAUGCAGCUGUUUGAAAACGUGAUGUAGUGCAGGAGCAGAAGAUGAUGAAAACAACGACAGGGAAAAUGAGAGGGCUUGGUGUGAGUGCGCGUGUGAAUGCAAAUGUGCAGUAUGUCCAGAUUCCCUCUUCUUCUCCUGGAUGUAACCCUCAGAGACUUGAACGAAGGGGCUGAACUGGAUCGCUUUUAGCCUUCCUGUGGAGAUUUUCCACACUUGUUGAAAUAACUGAUGUGACAGACUUUGCUCUCAGGCCUGUCCAGAAGAUUAAAAAAGAUGCUCCUACUGUACAUUACCAGGCUGCCCACCAACCAGCGAAGAGCUAUCGUCCCACCAGCGGAACUACUUUUUUUUCGCCAAAAGAUAUUUUGCCAAAUUAUAACUGCAUGUUUUUGCAAGACUUUUGAUCUAUCCUCAAACAUUUGUUAGAUUUGUUAAGGGAAUUUGGCCAUACAGUGUUUCUGUUGUGCAUCAAAUGUCAUGUGUUGCUUUCACUGUUGCUGUGACCCCUGUGCUGUUGUGUUGGCCUGGCUGUUGUUUGCCUGCUGAGUCUGUCUGCAGCUUGUUGUCAAGAGUCUGUGUAAAGCUUACAGGGUCAAACAGUUUAGAAAAAGUACAUUUCAUGGGUCUUAUGUGUGGGUUUGUGUGCAUUACUGUCUUUCUGUCUUUGUUGGAGCUACAAUUUUAGUGAAAAGAAAGAAGAAAUCAUAUCAUUCUUUUGUAUUUUCACUCGCUGCUUUGCUUUUUGUGCUCAAAUUAAUGUGUUGUCAAAAAUCUAAAAAGAAAGUAUUGUGAAAAAUGUGCAUAAAGUUUGGAUUUUAUGAUGAAGUGCCCAUUUAAGUAAGGUGUAAUCAUAAGACAUGUCUUUUUGCACAGGUGAUCAUGUUCUAACGGCAGUCAGUGAUGAUAUUAUGUUAUAUUUGUGUGGUUCAAGCCAUUCUAAAGUAAUCCUGGUAUCUGACGAUUUUGGAUAAUCUUGCAGGGUAAUACCUCUGUGUAUCAGCUUUGGAUUGUGAUAUUCUGAUGGCACUAAGGACGGCUCCAUCUGUAUUAAUAGAGAACAUUUGGCAACGCCUCCUCCAUCCUGUCCAAAGCUGUGAUGUCACACUGACGAGCAGCUGAAGACAGAACAGGGUGACUCAGGCGGGUUCCUGCAGCUGGCUCUCCAUGAGUCAGGGCGUGUUUGAAAGCACCACCGUAAUAGAAAACUCACUAGGAUGUAGUAGUUUAAGCACUGAAAUAUUCAUCACUGUUCCCUUUUGCUGUCAGUGGAGCAGCUUUUUUUAUUCGCUGUAAAGUACAUCAGUGUGACAUCACAGCCUCCAGUCUUGUUUUGGAUCUGAGCUGUUAAAUCUCACAAAUAGAAACUUUAU